ACGAUAUCUAGUCGCUAGCUAUCAUACUCGAUAUAGCUAGCUAACUCAAUAAAAGUGGUACGGAUAGCUAGCUAUCACAAGCCGAUAUUGCCCGAUAACAUAUUUUUAUAGCUAGAUAAUUUCAAAGGCAUUUUUUUGCUUGGGGAACAUCGAUAUUCUCAGCUGAUGGUUUUCUAAAUAGCAAAACAUGCUCAAACAUUUGGUUCAUUCUCAUCAUUCAAAACUUCAUACAUUCGAUGAUUUCUAUCGAAAUGAUUCGAAACCACUUAAACUUCGUUCAACAACGAAUGAAUUAAGUUCAUCCUCGUCAUCAUCAUCAUCAUCACCAACAGCAACAUCAUCUUCUCCAAAUAAUAAUUAUUAUACAUUUUAUAAUGUUUUUUCUGAUUUUAAACCUUCGACACCAACGGAUGUUUUACCUGAAGAAGAUGAAACUGAAGAAAAUAAUGAAAUUACUCCAAUAGAAUCGAAUCCUUCGACUCCUGUAUUUUAUCUCGAAGAUGAACAUCAACAUCAUACUCCUCCUCCAUCAUCUUCAUCUCCUCAUUGGCCUUCAUCAAUUAUCAGUCGGCUUCGACAUUCCAGUGAUCAUCAUAAUGGAAUUACAAAACAAACUUCUAUUAAUGAUAAUCAUAUGAAUAUGACAAAAUCACGUAAAAGUGAUUUCAUUGAUUCAACAAUAAAUAAACAUCGAUUUUUGAGACGUUCUCAAACAAUUAAUCAUAGUAGUAUUUUAACACAGAAAAAAAUUUUCCAAUGA